GAUCUACUAGGCAAGAAAUUUCCAUCAUGUAGGCCAAAUUUUUUGCAUGGAAUGCAACUUGAUGGAUAUAACGAAGAGUUGCGACUAGGUUUCGAAUUUCAUGGCAGGCAACACUAUGCUCUUAAUUCUAUGUUUCAUAGGAGAGGCCAGAUAGAUUUAGAUGAACAGAAAAUGCGCGAUCAGAAGAAGCGGGAUAUAUGCAAGGAGCAAGGCAUAUGUCUUAUCGAAGUACCGUAUACUGCGGAUUUUUAUCCGUUCAUUAGACAUGCACUAAUCGAGAAAGGGUUCUUGAAUAGUUCUUCCAGUUAG